AAAAAAAAAAAAAAACACACACACACACACACACACAGCAAUAUAGUAGUAGUAUUAUAAUUAUUUUAACUAAUAAUAAUACAUCAUCUAUAUAUAAUAAUUGAAUUAGAAAUGGAAGCACAAUUUAUUGAACGUAAUAGUAAUUUAAAGAAUACCAUCAGCCAUAUUGCUGAUAAGAUUGAUACAGUAAGUGCAAUGUAGUAGAGUCUUUUAUUAAUGAAUAACUAAAAUAAAAUAAAAUAGGCUGCAAAUAAAACACAAGACUUUUUGAAUACAAAUGUACAAAAUGCAACAGCAAGUAGUGACUAUGGUAACAGUGGUCUUCAUAUGGGGGGUAGUAGCAACCCAUCAGCAGCAGCAGGCACCACUCUUCUUGGCCAAAGAACAGGAUUAGAAACAAAUAUGGAUAAAAAACUAAUGAAUAAUAUCACAUCUGAUAUUAAAGCAAUGCAUUCUACUGAUCCUGAAACCUUUGAAGGUGUAGCUUCCAAGAUGGAUGACACCUUUGGUCAAAAUGCUUUAGUUUAAAUAUAUAACUUGUUGUGUGUAAAAAAAAAAUAUGUAUAUAAUAAAAUACUGAAAUAGGGUUUUGUCAAUUCCUUUAUGUAUGUAUAUUAUGUGAUAUAUCUUUUUGAUGAGAUUAUAAUGUGAGGAAUAUGUACGUACAUAAUCAAAAAAAUAAAAUAAAAUAAAAUAAAAUAAAAAUAUAAGGAUAUCUGUCGUUUGUUUUAUAACAUGUGUGUGUGUGUGUGUGUGUAAGUCUACCAUUGA